UCGACGAACGACGGCCACUGCUGGAGCGAGCCCGCGGCGGGGCUCUUCCGCGUCCGCGGCGGGUCGUACCUCGCGGACCGCGUCAAGGUGCCGAGCGCGCCGAGCCUCUGCGCCCUCGAGGGCGUGGACCUCUUCCUCACGGACGUGCCCCAGCUCCACGUCGCGCGCCACCCGGGCGCCUUCGUCGCGAAGCGCCGCGCGGCGCGCGCGCCCGACGGCGGCGCGGCGGCCGACGCGUUCUGCCUCAACUUCUGCAUGCCCUGGGGCAACUUCGUCAUCUACUGGGCCCGGCCGCCGCCGGACGGCGGCGCCGCGGCGCGCGUCCUCGACGACUUCGUCCGCGCGCGCGACGACGGCCACCGCGACGCGCGGCUCAAGCUCAUCCCGCGCGUCGUCGAGGGCAACUGGCUCGUCCGCCGCGCGGUCGGCGGCGGCCACAACGCCGCCAAGCUCGCCGAGGCCCUCAAGCUCUCCUACUUCUCGGGGCCCGACUACUUCGAGGUCGACGCGGACAUCGUCGGCUCCGCGGCCGCGCGGCGGAUCCUCUCCGUCGUCAAGAGCGCGACGUCGGAGCUCGUCCUCGACCUCGCCCUCGUCGUCGAGGGCGCCACGCCCGAGGACCUCCCCGAGCAGGUCCUCGGCGCCGUGCGCCUCCACCGCGUCGACCCGGCCCUCGCCCUCGCCCUC